AUGUCUACUCAAGAAAUCAGAAUCACCGUUUACGAGAUCAAACGAGUCGAAUCUGGUCGACCCGUCUGUGACAACAACCCAUUCACUACCACCAUGGAGAUGAAAGACAAAUUCAACACCCUCUUCGAGGAAUGGCACAAGGCUAAGGAACCUUCUACCCCUCUCAAGGAAUUUGAAUUCCUCUACUACCAACGACGAGAGGACGAGCCAGAAUCUGGUAUGACCUCCGAGAUGAUGACCUCCGGUGGUAACAACAAACAAAAAGGUACUAAACUCAAGGGUGAUCAAACCCCCGAACAACUCCACAUGCACGACAAUGCUCGAAUCUACGUCAAGAGAGACAACCUCCAAUGCGAGCUUGACGAAGAGCCUAUGACUGCUUAA